AUGCAAUCACUGUGGUCCCGCGCUGCUCAGGCGCAGUUCUCCUGUCGCUGUCGAGCUUGCCUCCAUGCCACGAAUACGAUAACACGCCGAUCUACCACCGCCGCCUCGAGGCGGAAAGUCACCGCUGCCGACCUCUUUACCGCUUGCUACACCACCAUACUAGGCACUGCUACCGUUCUCGACGCGCGGAGGAAGGAGGCCAGGCGCAAGGAGCUCGAUGCGAAGUUGGAGAAGGCCAGAGCCGCGUUGAGUACAUUGCCGGGUCAGGAGUCCCGGAGCCAGCAUGGCGGCCAGCACGAUGGCAUCGAGACCGGACCUUCCAACGGCCCCGCAUACCCAACGCCAUUAUCAAGUUGGAGGGGACAAGAGGCCUCCAGUACUUUACUACAGGAGCUGGGACAUUUAUGCGACAUAACUCAUCGACCUCUUGCUCGUCCGUCGUGGGUACAGGUUCAAGUGGACUGGGUAAAGAUCGAAGCUGCAAUCGCAGCCGAAGAACGAGACCCAAACUGUAUCCUUCGGGAACCAAAGACCGACGAUCACCUUGGGCGUACGACGACUCAAAUCGAAGAGCUGGUUGGCCAAUUGCUGUCCCGAAGCCAGACACAAAACGGCACACGGAAUCGAGACAAGGCGGGAAUUGAUGGGGUGGAUACCGAAGCGGAAGAUGCAUUAUGGAAAGAAGUCGAAGAUGUCAGACGGAGUCCACACUACCCUAGCUACGAGUACCCGGAAAGGGACAUCCGCAAUACUGCCAGGACGCGGUCCAUGCUGAGUGAAUCGAUCCGCCGCAUUUUCAACCAAGCGACAUCAUCGAAGAAGGUUGUUGGAAAGAUAUGCUACAAUCUCCUGACAUCGAGUGCGCCCCCGAGCAUGCACACCUACAACACGCUCAUUGCUGGUUUCAACAGGAUUCAGCGACCUGAUCUGGCGCAGGCAGUGAUCGAUUCAUACAUUCUGAACACUGCAUGGCCGGCCACGCAGCAGACAAUGGUUUGUCUCCUCAACCACUAUCGAGGGACGAACGAGCUAGAAGGCAUGCGAGACACCAUCCAAAGGAUGAGGGGUGUGAAAGACACCGGCCUAAACGUUCGCAUAUUCGCCAAGCAGCUCGUGCAUUCGGACGGGUUCCUCAAAUGGGCCUCAAAGAACUGUGCCUCGCGUAAGCACGCUUUCGUCCAGCGGGUACACAGGGGCGACGAUGUGUUUGACAGCCUGAUCAAGUGCUGGCUCCAUUACGGGCAAGUUUGCAACGCGGCUAUGAUGUUCGUGGCUUGCAUGCGCCAAGGGGCUAUGGUUCAAGCCGAGACGCUUCAUGAUCUGUUCAGGGCCUGUCUGGCAACGGUCGAUGUUGCAUCAGCACGGAAACUGCUCAUAGGCAUUGCGAAAAACUUCAGAGGGUUUGCCGCUAUAGUCAACUCCAUAAUGCGUCGCAGCUCAACAGCAACAUCUCGCAUGGUAGUUGGGAGCCUUUCUCAUCUGCUGGAGAUAUGCUGGCUUCCUUACGACGAGUUAUAUGGCCUAGUCGGCAAUACCUACCGCGCAGCAACGCAGGAGCUGAAAUUGCUUGUUAAAAGAAUGCAACUGCAGAUAGAAGUGCAGGAAACGACGCAACUGUGCAUGUCCACAGUCAAGGGACUCAGCAAUCCGGGCGGAUCAUUUGUCAACCGCCUCGACAGAGCCAUUGCCGACCUGGAAGCAGUUCAGCAGAUGAGGCGAAAGGAUUCGGAGGCCAUGAUUGGCUUCGAUCGACUGGCAGGCCUACUCUCGAUUGAUCGGAGGUACAGAGAUUUGAAGGACAAUAUCGAAGCUAUCACCGCGAUGGCGCAUGCUCUCGUCAUCAAGAUGAAGACGGGUUACGACUUUGACACUUCGUCUAUUCUGACUCCUGAAAGACAUCGGAGGCCGGUUGGACAGAGUCGGUACGAGGCUCCAGAACUUUCACACAGGGUCCUUCGCCGGGCUCUCGGGCACAUUGAACUACGCUCGGGUCCAAUGACAGAAGGUGAUGUCAAGAAUCAGCUUCUCCAACGAAUACCCAAUGCUGCUGGACUGGUCAAGAGGCUUGAGAAUUCUGGCAAUUCAGAAGACAUGCCGAUGCGAGUCUUGGCAUCUUUCUAUCUACCUGGCUCAGUCGACUUGCCGGAGCCCGAAGACCAAGGCCACAACGUUGGUAUAAGAAAGCUUGAGGAAGCUGUCGGUAACGCCGAAGAUGACAUCAGAGCUACGUUGUUUGUCAACCUGAGUAGCCAAACACAACAUGAGCUCCGGUCUCAAUACCCCGAGUGGUACCGCAUGCCGGUCGAGAAAGUUGCCGAGAAGCUUGUCUGCAAGCUUGUCGAUCGUAUGAAGCACAGAGAUCUCGGACAACAAGCGACUCUUCUUGAAGCAGCAGAGCGGCAAGACUUGGACAAAGGAGCGGAGCUACCCCCCUCUACCUACAUGCCACCACUCGUGCUUCCAGCAACUCGCCGAGAGGACAUCGUGCUUGCAGAUGGCACGGCAAGAUAUGCGCAUCCCGGGACGGAAUUGCGCGCACCAAAGCCGGUGGCGCUAUCCUGCUUACCCAGGCCGACGAAUACGCCGAGUGACGAGAGCAUGUCUCUUCACUUUGCCGCACUGGGGUGA